CCUAGGUACAUCCUGCAGACGAAGAAAUCUUUUUUCCAGUCCUCUGUCUCUGACUCCCCCUUAUAGUCCCGUCAUGCGUCUCAGCUGUUAUAGUAGUGGCUUCAGCUCUCCUAGCAACCUAAGGUCCGCUAAGCACAUAUUAACACCAGAAUGGACAGGUUACUCCAGCAGAAAUCCUCCACCACUUAGCCCGCAGUCAUCAGUAGACAGUGAAUUGAGCAUGUCCGAGCUGGAUGAAGACUCCAUUUCCAUGGGCUACAAACUACAGGAUUUAACAGAUGUUCAGAUCAUGGCACGGCUGCAGGAAGAAAGUUCUCUGCUGAAAAGGGGUAUUUCAUGGCACAGUCAGACAAUUCCAGGUCUUCGACAAGAUUUUGCCUCAUCUUCAGCAUCCAUAUCACUACGCAGCUCUACUUUAUCACUUCAUUCAGGAAGGAGAGGAGCAGGAAGUGACCAGGAGUAUGACCGCUACAGUCUAGAAGAUGAAGAGGAAUAUGACCACCUUCCACCUCCACAGACGAGACUUACUCGCUGCUCACCAAAUGUGAGAGGAAUCCCACAUUCACAGACUUUUACUAGUAUUCGUGACUGCAGAAAAAGCCCCACUUCCCAGUAUCUUCAUGUAAAUAGUUACCAGCAAAACUCUUCACCUCAGAACCAGACAACAACAGAACAGCAACAAUGCAAAUCAAAUUCAGAUAAACUUCGUCGAAGCAUGCCAAAUCUGGCACGGGUGCCAAGUACGAAUACUACUCCCCCUCCUUUAACAAGUUCCAGUCCUUUAUCAUCAGUACGCAAUAGUCAGAGCUUCGAUUCAAACCUACAUGGGGCAGCUAAUGGACUUUCUAGGCUACAGUCUUCUAUCCCAUCUCCAGGGCAACUACAGCAUCGUGUUCAUAGUGUGGGGCACUUCCCAGUGUCUGCACGUACACCUCUUAAAGCAACAGCAUAUGUAAGCCCAACUGUGCAGGGGACCAGCAGUAUUCCCACAUCAUCUAGUUUACAUUCCAUCUCCAGCACAGGAAUACCAUUACCAAACAAACUUGGAAAUGGUGGAUUGACAGGACGUAGUGCUCUUCCAAGACCGGCUUCUGCUGUUGGUGGAAGCAGUUUACCUCGAAGUAAAUUAGCUCAGCCAUUAAGAAGUUUUCUUCAGCCUCCAAAAACUCUUUCUUCAUUCAGUACAUUACGAGAUGGAAGCUGGAAAGAUGGCUGCUAUUAAUGCAGGGUAUUUGUGAGAGAAAAUUCUGUGGAGAUACUGAAGACAGUACAGCAUUCUUAAACCCAGCUGGCUGGGUAGAAGAUUCACAUCAAUGUGUUCUUUCAGCUAUCGACUUUCAUGUAUAGAUGAAGAUAACAAUGCAACUAAAUAUAUUCUUUUAUAAUGAAUAAAAUAAACAUUCUGCAGCUUUUAAGUGCUGUGUUUUGCUAAAAUGCCAGGCCUGUUGCUGCAGUGACUAGCAGGUAAAAUGAUGCAUCUUUCCCAUUAUCUCAAGUUUAAGGCUGUGCAACCAAAAAUAAAAAUAAAAAAAAAUCACAAAAUAGUACAAUAAUAACUGCUUCCAUUUAUCUACAGAAAUAAUGGGAUUUCUAGUGCGUCCUUUGAUUUUACCAAAUUGUUUGACAUUACAGCAUUUUGAGAUGCCAACUGAUGAACAUUGUUUUUUUUUUUAUUUUAAUUUUUAUUAAGAUAUUCCAUGCUGUAACUUUUUAAACAUUUUAUUAGUUAACUACUUAAUGUACUUCCUGUAUUGUACAAACUAAAGUUUGUUUUCUGUAGCUUACACUUGUUUCACUUGAUUGUUCACCUAUGUUAAACACAGUUUUAGUUUAUUUUUGUGCCAUAUUUGUUUAUUUUGCAAUGGUAGACUUAAUCAUUAUUGUCGUGUUAUUUACCGUACAGACAUUUGUACUCAUUUGGUGUUGGUAAGGGUUACACGUUUAUUCACUAAAGCACAUGAGAAAGAUUAACAGUAUGUCACUACAUACAUGCUUCAGCAGUAUUUGUUUUGUCUUUUCAGUGUUAAUUUAUUAUUUAUAUAAUUUCCUAUAUAAUAUUUAUAUUUGUAUCCAUAUCAACACUGUAAAGCACGUUGCACUUAAAAUCUGCAAUGACAUGUAAGUUACAGAUGGUCUAAGAUUUUAUACUGCAAAUAUUUUAGUGUGUUUUAUUAACAGUGUACAAAUGGUAUCAGUUUUAAUGGGGCUAAACAUUUUUGAUAGACAUUUUUGAGAUCAAAUUGCACUAAUGAAUGCUUUUGCUAGAAGAGAAGCAAACAAAAAUUCUUUACAAUAUAUGGUUCUGAUACUUGAUUAGAAGAGGGAAAUUGUACAAAACUGUUUAAAAUGUCUUGGAAAUAAAAGUUAAUGCAGUAUACUAA